UAUUAUAAUGUUUGUUAUAAUAAUAAUAAUAAUAAUUAAUAUAGGAAUAAUAAAGGAAUGAUAAUAAUAUAGGAAUAUUCUAUCUGUAGUCUCCCUGUAUUAUAAUGCUUGUUAUAAUAAUAACCGUAAUAACAGAGUGAUUUGUUGCAGCUGGCUGCUAUCCAGCCUGCGCCACAGCCCAUUUUGAAAUGUGGUUACAAGGCUUUUUAUCACCUUUACACAAAAUUGAAAGCAUGUAUGUUCUCAUCGGUGUACAAAGAUCAACCAUUCAAUUGGUCUAAGCUGGCUCUCUCUGAGCCUAACAACCAGGAAGACAAACAGGUGGUAUUGAACAAAGGCACAAUUAAUGGUCUUUUAUGCCUACCAUAGAUGUGGGCGAAACGUCAGGAGAGAAUGCUUCUGGAACAUGGCCAUACAGCCCAGAAAACUCACAGUAACCCAGUGAUUCUGGCCGUGAAAGCCUUCGACAACACAUGUUAUAAAACUUGGAUGAUAAUAAUAAUAAUAAUAAUAGUAUGAGGAUGCUCAAUCUGUAGUCUCCCCGUAUUGUAAUGCUUAUUAUAAAGCUUGGAUUAUGAUAAUAUAAUAAUAAUAAUAAUACAGUAGAGUCUCACUCUACGGCAGAACAUUGGAUAAGCGAAUAUGUUGGAUAAUAAGGAGAGAUUAAGGAGAAGCCUAUUAAACAUCAAAUUAAGUUAUGAUUUUACAAAUUAAGCACCAAAACAUCAUGUUAUACAACAAAUCUGGCAGAAAAAGUAGUUCAAUAUGCAGUAAUGCUACGUAGUAAUUACUGUAUUUACGAAUUUUGCACCAAAAUAUCAUGAUAUAUUGAAAACAUUGACUGCAGAAAUGCGUUGGAUAAUCCAGAACGUUGGAUAAGCGAGACUCUACUGUAAUAAUAAUAAUAUAAAGAUGCUCAAUCUGUAGUCUCCCCGUAUUGUAAUGCUUAUUAUAAAGCUUGGAUUAUGAUAAUAUAAUAAUAAUAAUAAUAAUAAUAAUAAUAUAAAGAUGCUCAAUCUGUAGUCUCCCCGUACUGUAAUGCUUACUAUAAAGCUUGGAUUAUGAUAAUAUAAUAAUAAUAAUAAUAAUAAUAAUAAUAAUAAUAUAAAGAUGCUCAAUCUGUAGUCUCCCCGUAUUGUAAUGCUUGUUAUAAAGCUUGGAUUAUGAUAAGAUAAUAAUUAUAAUAAUACAGUAGAGUCUCACUUAUCCAACAUAAAUGGGCCGGCAGAACGUUGGAUAAGCGAAUAUGUUGGAUAAUAAGGAGAGAUUAAGGAGAAGCCUAUUAAAUAUCAAAUUAGGUUAUGAUUUUACAAAUUAAGCACCAAAACAUCAUGUUAUACAACAAAUUUGACAGAAAAAAGUAGUUCAAUAUGCAGUAAUGCUAUGUAGUAAUUACUGUAUUUACGAAUUUAGCACCAAAAUAUCACGAUGUAUUGAAAACAUUAACUACAAAAAUGCGUUGGAUAAUCCAGAACGUUGGAUAAGGGAACGUUGGAUAAGUGAGACUCUACUGUAAUAAUAAUAAUAAUAUGAAGAUGCUCAAUCUGUAGUCUUCCCGUAUUGUAAUGCUUGUUAUAAAGCUUGAAAAAAGAAGAGGAAGAUGCUCAGCUUGGAGCAUCUGUACCAUAAUGCUUGUUAUAAAGCUUGGAGGAAGAAGCAGCAGCAGCUCAACUUGGAGCAUCCAUAUCACAAUCCUUGUUAUGAAGUUUGGAUUAACAACGACAACAACUCUACUUUUGUCUUUGAAAGAAAAUACAAAACUUGAGAUUCUCCCUCCAGGCUGUUUUGCAUAUUGCAAAAGUGACCCAGUACUGAUAGUUCCAUCCCAGACCUGAAGACUAUUCUACCUGGACAUCCAUGGACUUUGAGGACUGAAGAAGAGGAGGAAGACAAGGAGGAAGGGCUCCGGCCUGACUGCCUUUCUUGCCCUGGCCCCCCUCCUUUGGCUGCCCCCCAUCCUCUUUGAUGAUGAUGAUGCCGCUUGGCUGGUGCAGAGUCACAAAAGGGCCAGCAUGGCCAGCAAGGAGGAGGCUGAGCCCUUUUAGGGGCAAGGACGGAUGGCUCAUCUAUGGGGCGCUCUCACAGCAAACAUGACGUUGUGGCACCAGCUCCUCAUAUGCAUCGCAACGCAGAGACCAGCAAGCCCAAAGAGCCCAAGGCAACUGCUGCCCAGGAGCCAUCCCAUGCGCACUCCACCUCCCAGCCCUCCACGUCCCGAGCUGUGAGAAAGCCCCCCUCCCGUGGGGAAAGCGAUGAGAGCACCAAGCAUGCACACGCCCGGCUGCAAAAUUCCUCUUUGGACAAACUGAGCAAGAAGAAGCGCCCAAUCCCCAAGAUCAUCGUGACGGGGCCCUCGGAGGAGUUGCUCGUCACCAGCUACUCGGACAUGCUCCCCGAGACCAAGACCAUCCGCGACACCGAGGACUACGGCGCCUACACCGUCCACUCCAGGCCCAGCACCGUGGAUGCCUACAGGGACAGGGAGAGGGAGCAUGAGCACUGAGGGGCCCGCCGAGGUCAUCUAUCCACUCGGUCCUGGACCCCGUCCCUCAAUAAAUGGGAAAUCUAUUACCAAGGAGGUCCUUGGGUGGUUUCGCUUUCCCCGACAUCUCCGGCGGGUGCAGAAGGAAGGAACUGGAUGAUGCGCUUCCAAAUAAAUAUGUUUGGUAAAUGGUCCCUAGUCGCUCCCUUCUCUCUCUCCUACAAUAAUGCUGGACAAAUGGGAAGGCAAUAGGGGAGACCUUGGGGUGCAUCUAUGUUGUAGAAUUCAUGCAGCUUGACCCCCAACACAGAUAUAUACACACUUAUAUAGAUAUUGAACUGCCAUGAUUCAAUUAAAAAACCCUAAAAACUUGGCUCUUCCAAAAGGCCUUUGAGGAUUAAUCUUUGUAGGUUGAUUCAUCUGCCCACUCAACAAUAGGAUGCCUGGCCAUAAUUACUUGCACUUUAUUGAUUAUUUUAGCCAUGAAACUACCUCUCCCAUGUGAUGUCAUUCUGCACUUUGGUCCAGAUCUGUUUUUAGCCUCCCGUUUUUUAAUAUUUUAUGCAGUAUAUUGAUUUUUAUGACUGUUUUACUGAUGUUGAUGUCUUAUUGAUGUGUAAAAUUGUUUUUACUGUUUUAUUGCUGUUAUUGUAUUUUUAUGUUGGGCACGGCCCCAUGUAAGCCACUCCGAGUCCCUCCGGGGAGAUGGGGCGGGGUAUAAAAAUAAAGUUAUUAUUAUUAUGAUUAUUAUGGUUAUUAUGAUUCAGUGCUAUGGAAUCCCGGGGUUUUUAGUUUCACACUUUGGGCAGGGGUGGCGAAAGUCCUUGCAAAACUAUAGCUUCCAUGAUUCCAUAUCACAGACUCAUUAUUUAUUUAUUUACUACACUUAUGCCCCGCCCUCUCUCACCCCGAAGGGGACUCAGAGCGGCUUACAAGUUAUAUUUACAUACAAUAUAUUAUAUCAUUAGCAUAGCACGAUAAUAGCAUUAUAUAUUACUAUAUUGCACUAUGCCACUAUACCGUAAUAUUAUUAGUAAUAUUACAUUUAAUAUAUAAUAUAUAAUUAUUAUUAUUACAGUAUAUUGUAUUAUUAGUACUUAUAUACUCGAGUAUAAGCCUAGUUUUUAAGCCCUUUUUUAAGACUGAAAAAACUCCCCUCGGUUUAUACUCGGGUGAGGGUCCUGGUUGGCUUAUACUUGGGUCAGCUUAUACUCAAGAAUAAAUAGUACAUUUAUUAUUUUCUCUAUUAUUAUUUGUAUUAUCACAUUUAUUAUUUUUCCCUAUUAUUGUUGCUACUAUUACUGUAUAUACAUGAGUAUAAGCCUAGUUUUUCAGCCCUUUUUUAAGACUGAAAAAAAACCCCUCGGUUUAUACUCGGGUGGGGGUCCUGGUUGGCUUAUAUUUGGGUCAGCGUAUACUCGAGAAUAUAUGGUACAUUUAUUAUUUUUCUCUAUUAUUAUUGGUAUUAUUACAUUUAUCAUUUUUCUCUACUAUUAUUGGUAUUAUCACAUUUAUUAUUUUUCUCUAUUGUUGCUACUAUUACAUUUAUUUUACUCUAUUUUUUAUUAUUAUUAAUACAUUUAUUAUUUCACUCUGAUCUUAUUAUUAUUACAUUUAUUAUUUUGCUCAAUUUAUUAUUACAUGUAUUAUUUUCCUGUAUUUAUUAUUAUUAUUAUUAUUAUUAUUAUUAUUAUUACAUGUAUUAUUUUACUCUAUUAUUAUUAAAAGGAUACAUAAGCAUAUUUACAUUGAAGAAGGUGAGAAUAAUGAUUUGAUCAGAGUUGGACAGUCUUUAUCUUAAAGCUUGAUGUAAAUGUUCAAAAACAUUUAACCUACUGAUGCCUCUUAUUAUUACUACAUUUAUUAUUUUACUCUAUUAUUACAUGUAUUAUUUUACUCUAUUAUUAUUAAAAGGAUACAUAAGCACA